AUGCACUUCUCCAAGACCCUCACUUCCGUGGCCGCCCUGGCCCUCGGCGCCCACGCUGGCUUGCCCGUGGCGAGCGUUGAGUUUCAAUCCUGGGAGUCCUGCGAUGUUGGCGCCCCGGCCGUUGGCGAGCCCAAGUUCAAGACCGACGCCACCGCGACCCCAUUGACUUGUGACAAGGCUCUCGUCAACCGUGACUGGAGUAUCGACUUCUACUCCUUCAAGGCCCACCUCGACACCAAGGAUGCCCUGCUGUGCAGUGGCGUGACUGUCUGGAACGACGACUCCUGCUCUGGCGAACCCGUGUACUUCCUGCCCUUCCACGGCGAGCCCGUCGCGCAGGGCCAGUGCCUGCCCGACAUCCUCGACCCGGGCUAUGUCUCCUUCAAGCUGGAGUGCUUCGGCCAUGGCGGUCCUGGCGGUCCUGGCGGCCACUAG